AUGGCAGCCGCCUCCUUCCUCCUCCUCCUCGCCACCACCUUUCUGCAACUCUCAUCAUCCUCCCCACUGCAUGCCCACCCUCUGAAAACCAGGCUUUUCGACUUCAAGCAAACCGUGGAUCCGCCUGGCUCCCCUACCACCUUCUUUGAGGUAGCAAGGCCCGUCAAAGUCCCACGAGAGCCCCCCUGCUCCUCCGCCCUCAUACUCCAGCACGACUUCAGCUACACCUACGGCCAGCCCCCUGUUGAGGCCCAAUACACUCCUCCCCAGGACUGCCCAUCUGCUGAUUGGUCCACAAUUGUGCUAGAGUGGUCUGCAACAAGCAAAGGAAGGCAAUUUGAUAGGAUUUUUGGAGUUUGGCUUGGUGGGGUUGAGAUCUUGAGAAGUUGCACUGCUGAGCCUAGGGCCAAUGGAAUCUUUUGGAAGGUUCAGAAGGACAUUACAAGGUUUUCUUCUCUUCUUAAGCAGAAUCAGACCCUCUCUGUUCACCUUGCCAAUAUCGUUGAUAAGACUUAUACUGGCGUUUACCAUGUCAAUGUUACUAUCCGUUUUUAUGCUGAGGAAGGUGUUGGGAAGAGGUUGGGUUUGGGAUCUGUUUUGAAUUCUCCUGCUGACUUGAUCCUGCCCAUAUCUAGGAGUCCACCACUGAAUGAUGGGUAUUGGUUUUUGGUCCAAAACUCAACAGAUGUGCAUCAGAAACAGUUCAGCAUACCCAGAAAUGUGUACAGGGCAGUGUUGGAAGUUUUUGUUUCCUACCAUUCUAAUGAUGAGUUCUGGUACACGAAUCCUCCAGACGAAUACAUUCAAGAGAACAAUUUGAGUAAUGUACCGGGCAACGGAGCUUUCAGAGAGGUUGUGGUGAGUUUGGAUCAGAGAGUGGUGGGUGCCGUCUGGCCAUUCACGGUGAUUUACACGGGUGGAGUUAAUCCACUUCUUUGGAGGCCGAUAACAGGGAUCGGCUCCUUCGAUCUCCCAUCUUAUGAGAUAGAGAUCACACCGUUCCUGGGGGAGAUUUUGGACAAAGAGAACCACACCGUGGAGUUCUCUGUAACUAAUGCUCUGAAUGUAUGGUAUAUUGAUGCAAAUUUGCAUCUUUGGAUUGAUGGUGGCCUUAAGAAGACAAAGUGCAAGUUGCUGAGUUAUGAUGCGCCACCUGCACGGCAUAGUAUCUUGUCAAAUUUUAAAGGUCUUGAUGGGAUCUUCAAUACAAGCGCGAGCAGAUAUAUAGCAGCAACCGGGCGAGUGAAGACAUCCCAUGGGAAGAUUAAUGUUCAUACCAUCCAAAGGUUUGGUUACAGAAAUUGGAUGAAAUUUAGCAACACUGGGAAUGCUCAGACUGUGCGUCAGAGAAUCAAAACCGAUUCUGGUGUUUACUACCAUCUGAUGAUCUAUACUCGAUUCAGUUGA